AUGGUAUCAGACGACAUAGUUUCAAACCAAAGUAACCCCAUGGCGAACAUUUACCAGUUCCCAAGUGGAGGACAGUUUCUGAGAGUGGACCAAGACAAAGACAGAGAAUGCAGCCUGGACUGUGCAGGUUCCCCCCAGAAAUCACUCUGUGCAUCUGAUGGAAGAACUUUUCUGUCCCGGUGUGAAUUUCAGCGAGCAAAAUGCAAAGACCCUCAGCUGGAAAUAGCCUACCGGGGCAACUGCAAAGAUGUUUCCAGAUGUGUGGCUGAGAGGAAGUACACCCAGGAACAAGCUCGCAAGGAAUUUCAACAAGUGUUUAUCCCAGAAUGCAACGAUGAUGGCACAUAUAGUCAGGUUCAAUGCCAUAGUUACACUGGGUACUGCUGGUGUGUCACUCCCAAUGGUCGUCCUAUCAGUGGUACUGCUGUGGCCCACAAAACUCCCCGGUGCCCAGGUUCAGUGAGUGAGAAGCUGCCACAACGAGAAGGUGCGGGAAAAACAGAUGAUGCCUCAGCUCCUGCGCUGGAGACUCAGCCUCAAGGUGAUGAAGAAGAUAUAGCUUCUCGUUAUCCUACAUUAUGGACUGAGCAAGUAAAGAGUAGACAAAACAAAACCAAUAAAAGCUCAGCAUCAUCAUGUGAUCAAGAGCUUCAGUCAGCCUUGGAGGAAGCUAAACAGCCCCAGAAAGACAAUGUGUUCAUUCCAGAGUGUGCUCAGGGCGGCCUCUACAAACCAGUGCAGUGCCAUCCUUCUACGGGCUACUGCUGGUGUGUUCUGGUGGAUACAGGACGUCCCAUCCCUGGUACAUCAACCAGGUACGAACAACCGAAGUGUGAUAAUGGUGCCAGAGCUCACCCAACCAAAACAAAGGAUUUAUACAAAGGACGCCAGCUUCAAGGUUGUCCUGGGGCCAAGAAGAAUGAGUUCCUGACUAGUGUUUUGGAUGCGCUGUCCACUGAUAUGGUGCAUGCCGUCUCUGAUCCAUCGUUGUCUUCUAGCCGGGUUUCAGAGCCUGAUCCAAAUCACACUUUGGAAGAGAGAGUGGUCCAUUGGUAUUUCAAACAGCUAGAUAAAAAUUCCAGUGGUGACAUUGGCAAGAAAGAAAUCAAGCCAUUUAAGAGAUUCUUAAGAAAGAAAUCAAAACCCAAAAAAUGUGUGAAGAAGUUUGUGGAAUACUGUGAUGUGAACAAUGACAAGUCCUUGUCAGUUCAAGAAUUAAUGGGCUGCUUGGGAGUCACAAAAGAAGAAGGUAAAGCAGAAACAAAGAAACGCCAUACCCCUAAAACCAACACUGAGAGCACUUCAUCCAGCAGGCAGCAAGUUUCUAAGAAGCAAGGGUGAACAGCUUACGAUUCAAGGCAGAUCUCUUUGACAUGUGGGAGAUUUCCUCACCAAAAGGCAAUAAAAACAACUGUAGUAUUUGCACUUUGUACUUAAAAAUGUAAAUUCACUUUGUAGAAAUGAAAUAUUUAAACAGACUUUUUUUUUUUUUUAAUCUGUGAAAAUGUAAUGGCUAGUUUUGAAAAAUUAUCACAUACAAUGUAUGUGUAUUCUUUUGUUGUCUGAAAUAUGUAAAACGUGUUGGAGAUGUAAAAGUUUGCAUUUAAACCAUUUUUUAAAAAAUAGCUUUUUGGCAAACAGUAGCAUAGAAACCUGAUUCUAUGUAUUUUGGUUUCAAUAGUAUGCUUUGUUUUUCUUAAUCAAUACUGUCAUUUAAGUAGAGUUAUGCUGAAAAGUCUACUGUAUUCUCAAUUUUGUCCAAGCAAUGUUGGAUGUUUCAGGUUUGCAGGACUGAUGGAAGUUGUGUAAAUUGCUGUUUACUUGGUUUUGCAGUUUUUAACUGAACAGGUUUUUCAUCGGCGGC